CUAACUAUGUUACCAAACAGACCUAUAUAUACAACUCCCAACAUAUAUAAAUACACCCUCAAAUCUCAAUUAUAUACUCCAACAACUCUUCUCUUCUUCACUUGCUCAACUCAGUGAUCAUAUCAUACAUUGCUGUCAAUAUAAUGGAAAUUCACUUCCAGCAGCAACAUGAAGAUGAGAUUUUCUCAUCAUUACAGAAAGUAACCAAAUCCAUCGAAAGCGGGUGGAACAAACAACGCCACGGCAAGAACAAGGGCAAGAAGAAAUUUGUUGGGGUGAGGCAGAGGGCUUCGGGGAGAUGGGUGGCGGAGAUCAAAGACACGACACAGAAGAUCAGGAUGUGGCUAGGGACUUAUGACAGCGCAGAAGAAGCUGCACGCGCCUAUGAUGAGGCUGCCUUCCUUCUCCGCGCUUCAAGAAGCACUCGCACAAACUUUGAAACCAUUGCCCCACCAGACUCGGACUCUCCUUUGGCCUCCAGGAUCAGAAGCCUUCUUAGCAGCAAGAAGAGUAGUGCAAAGCUGCAGAGAAUUGGACAGUUUUCUUCCUCCUCCUCCUCUACAACAGCAGCUACAGAAAAUCAAGACACAAAAAUUUCAUCAUCAGAUGAGGCUUUGGACUUUGGCUAUGAUGAUGAGAUUCGAGAAAGCGAUCAUAACACUUACAAACCUGAUGCUACUUCUUCUUCUAUGAGUUUGCUGCAGUCAUGGAGUUUUGAACAAGGACUGGAAUUUGCUCAACAAAUGAUUGAUAUACCCAAUACAGAAGGUGAAGUAAUAGUGGGAUUCUCAGAAUUUGAAAGAAUGAAAGUUGAAAGAUCAAUUUCAGCUUCUCUAUAUGCAGUGCACGGUGUGCACGAGUAUAUGCAAGCUAUGGCUAUCAAUCAUCCCUCCCAAACCCAAACUCUUUGGGAUCUCCCACCUUUCUUCUCCUAAACUUAUAUUAUUUCACUAUCACUUUCUACUUAGCUUCUCUUGUUUAAAACACCUCAAGAAACAUUAUCUGUACUACUUUACAAUUGGUUCUUAUAUGUAAACAAAAACAAACUUCAGUGACAA